AAGAGUUAGACUAGUUCUAGACCACAGACUGAAUUUAUUUCCACGAAAUAAGUUCAAGUUUUGCCAGUUUGGAUAAAGUUGAGAAGAUUAAAUCCGGUUACAUUGAAACUAAAGAUAGAGAACGGACGUAGUAAGAUUUAGAUUAGAUUUGAUCAUCAAUCAUGGGUUCCAGUUCAGAUAAAGACUCAAUUUUAGAUUGUAAUUUAUUAAAAAUGAUCAAUAUUUUGAAUGAAUUGUCAUCAAGCUCAAAAAUACACACAGAUCUGAAGCUCAAAGAAAUCACUUCAGGGAUUUUAUCUGUGCUAUUGACACUUCUAAAAGAUAAUGAGAGUGCUAAAUUGAUGUGCUGGCUAGACACAUUUAAGUCCCUUGGCAAAGCUGCAGAAGAAGACAUUGACAAACUGGUUCUGGCCCAAGAAAGAAAUAAGGCUGUCAGUUCUUUGAAUUCUCCAAGCAGUAAAAAGGUUUCUUUAAAGAACUUAACACAGGAUAAGUCAAGAGAUGAAUUUGAAAAACUUUUCUCCGCUAGCUGUGAUCAACUACAGAAACUUCAAGAAGAUGUGCACAAAUUUCAAGAAAGUUAUGCCUAUAGCAUUGAAGUAGCUACCAAUUUAGGUAGUUUUGAAUUUCCAUGUGGCGAAGAUGAAAACAGAUGUUUGCAGGAAGAGCUACGGAACAAAGAAGUUGAAUGUGAACAAAUACAAGAAGAAAUAAUGUCUGCUACAGACUUGCUUAAAGCUAAUUUGUCUAACAUGAUGAACAAGUGGAGGAGGUAUGAAGCCCUCGUACACGUGGAGCACAUUAUUCCUAGGGUUGAAAGAAAGGAAGAUAUGAGAAGCUUAAACAAUUUAUUCUCUGAGGUUUUCCAACUUACGUCAAUCAAACAAUUAGAAGUGAGAAAUAACAAAAUAAAGAAAAUGCUGACUUCUGUUACAUCAUUGGUUGGAAAGGUCAAUGCACAUCUGUCAUCUCUUAUGUCUACAAUCAUCCCAUUGGCUUGGUGUUUAGACAAACAGCCUUCACCUUGUGUCAAAUUAAAUAAUACAAAGCUACCUGAUGACAUUGAUCUUGAACUCAGAGUAUUUGGUUUUCGUGAGGAUCAAAUCCUGAAAAGGGAGAUGAAAAUAAACUACUAUUUUGAAAAAGACCCAAAGACUUUACAUGACUGCACUGUAAAGGAGGUAACAAUGAAGGACACCAACGAUGGUCUCAUCAUCUCUGUAACUUUGCAGCUGGCAAAGUUCACCAGAACAACGAAAAGAUCAACCAAGACAAAUUUUGAACACUUUAAUAGAAUUACUUGGCAGCUAAAGUUAGAUAUACCAGGCCAACCAGAGAUAAAGUGUCUAUCUCUACCUUUCACCGUACGGUCAGGCAGCACACAGUUGUGGUACUACAUAGGAGCAGUUCACUGGUACUGUUGGGUGCAAACAGAUUUGUAUCAGCCAAAGUGUCAGUGCCCAACCACUAUGAAACGUGAACUCUUCUUGUCCAUGCUCCAGGAGAGAUACCACUCCAUUACCUCAGACCAUUUUACUGAAGAAAACAUUCAAUCAUUUCAAAGUCAAUUGGAUGCAAUGCCGAGCCACUUAAGCCAUGAUGUACAGAUGAAUGAAAUACUCCAAGGGAAACUACCCUGCAUCAGGAGUUCUGACAAUUCUAAAAGGCAUACCCAGGAAAACAAAUUUUCCUUCUACAACUGGUUCAUAGCAGCUUGCAACACUCUGAAAAGGUUUCAACUGGAAGUGCACAAACUAAGAAUAUUUUCCAGUUUUUUAAGCCAGCAACACUGCAAUGAUAUACUCAAAGAUCAACCUAAUGGAACGGCCAUUGUCAGACUAUCACUCAACAGUAUCAAAAACAUUCAGUCUGAAGCCCCGUUGGCUUUUGUUACUGUACAGAUUAUCUUUAAUUCUGUUCAGACAAUACUUGUCAAAGACCCAGAUGAAAUAAGGAGUUUGUAUAGUUUUCUCUCACAUAUCAGAGGGGAAAAAGAAGAGCCCAAUUUCUGUGUCCACUAUGUGUGGCCUAGUUGUAAACAGCUGGAAGAAUACAAAGAAUGUUGUACUGAAAAUGUCAAAAGUAUUACAAACAUUAAUGGUUAUAAACAAGUAACUAGAGAAGAUCAAGGGGAUAUCAUUGUAUCUCGGGAUUCCCAUAGAGGGCCUGUGCAUGUUCCUGGAGACAAAGUUGAAUUUGAGCAACCAUAUGAACUUGAGAAUGAAAAUGUAAAUUUCAAACACCCUAGACUAGUUGCUCAAAAUGAAUUAGUGCACCAAAACAGUCAUCCUCUAACCUGUCAGGAACCUCUCCCAAGUGCACAAUAUGAGGAUUUGUCAUUUGUCUGUCCAGAUCCUAACACGGGGCUGCACAGUACUGAAGUACUCAUAGAUAUUGAUUCAUUUGAAACACAAAGUACUGAACAAUGUCUUGAUAUGGCAGUCUUAGAAAGAAUUAGCUGUUUUGGUAAAUAUUUAAAAAAUGAUGUAGCAUGGCAUGGAUUUACUCAAAUAGACAGCAAUGGCUGGGAUGUGCACCACCCCCCUGGUGGCGGACAGUUGUCUCAGGACUUGGAUGAUAUUGAAGUAUCUGAUUUGCUGAACUCAAAUAGUCAAUUAUUAAAUGAUAGAAGUUAGGACAUAAAAGUUACAUUUGUUUUUGUUCUACGUGUUUUUAGAUGUUCUUUCCAAAUUAAAGUUAAUUAUCACAUCUUAGCCCAAACCUCCCUCAAGAUGGUGGCAGGUUCGCACCCAGGCCAUCAAGAUGACAGUCCAGAUAGCUUACCACACAAUCAGUCAGCCAUUUAUAAUUAUACUUAUUUGCAUUCAUUACAAAUUUUGUAAUCAUUGUAGAUCUAUAGUUUAUAUCCCUUUAUAAAUAUUUCUUGAUUGGUUUGUGCUCUGUUGGCUUAUCAGGAGUUCAACUAAAGAUACUGAAAAAGUCAAGUGCUAGAUUUAAUGAAUGGUUAGAUUUGGGUUUGAAAGAGAAACGUUUAGGAUGAUAGCUAGUAAAUGUAAAAUGUAGUCUAUUACAAUACAAUGGUAACAAAAUAUGAAAGUCAAGAACUAACAUAAAUGUUAUGGUUUCCUUUCAUAUAGUUAAUCAAAUUGAGUUUCGCCAUUGAUUAGGCAAGCAGUUUAAGGGAGAGUGCACGUGUGUUAAUGGUGAGCCUUUAGUAUUAAUGCUUUAAACUUAUGCUACAUACUCAUUUUAGCUUGGGGGGCACUGUUUAAACCAGCUAGGUUUUUUUUUUUAGCUAGGUCAUCUGAAGAGUUUUAAAUCCAGGCUGUUUGUGCUAAGAAAAAAAUCCAGAGUUGAGCAUGGCAUCUUUGACCCAGAAUUUGCAUGCUCCACCAUUCCACUAUCCCAGUACUCCUAGUAGUGUAAAUGUUGUAAAUAGCCACGGUUUGAUGCACAAAUCUCAAGUGGAAGGAACUUACCUCACCCACUUUGAAAGUAUCUUAAUAUCACACCAAAUAGAUCAGUGCUCACAAAAUAAAACAAUAUUUUGAAAGACUAAAUGGUUGAUAUAAAAAAAAAUGUUGACUUGUCAUGCUGUAUGCCAUAUUUUGUUUUUCAUGGAUUCAUUGAUAUUAAUUUUGUUUUUGUUCAAACUUGUAUGAAGCUAACACUUUGGUUUUAAACAUAACAAAGUUCAAACACACUGAUGUAUGCACAUCAUUAAUGUAAUAUUGUGUUAUCAUAUCACUCUGUGAUCACUGAGGGAACAAAGUACCUUGUAUGAAAUUAUCACUCUGUUGUUAUGGAGGGGGGACAAAGUACUUUGUAUGAAAAUCUCACUCUUGUCACUGAGGGAACAAACUACUUUGUAUGAAAAUCUCACUCUUGUCACUGAGGGAACAAAGUACUUUGUAUGAAAAUCUCUCUUGUCACUGAGGGAACAAACUACUUUGUAUGAAAAUCUCACUCUUGUCACUGAGGGAACAAAGUACUUUGUAUGAAAUUAUCACUCUGUUGUCAUUGGGGGAAGGGGAACAAAGUACUUUGUAUUAAAUUAUCACUCUGUUGUUACUGAGGGUACAAAGUACUUUGUAUGAAAUUGUCACUGAAGGAAUAAAGUACUUUGUAUGAAAUUAUUGCGAUGUAAAUAAUGGAAACAUACGAAAACUAAAUUUGAGUAUUUUGUAGUGUCACCAUAGCUUAAUAUUUUUAUUUAGCCACUGACAUUUUGGGCUUUCUUAAUUGUAAUGUCUUUCUUAAAUCUGUCUACUUUUUUAUGUUGUUUUUUUUACUGUUUUACACACAUGAUAUAAUUCCAGUUUUGCUAAUAUACAAGGUUACACACAUGAUAAAUUCAAGUUUGGCAAAUUUAUAAAGCUUGUCUUUGAGUCUGAAGAUUAAGGAGGAGUGUAUUAUUUCCCUGGGAUGCACAGUCCCAGCUGAGAUCUGUAUAUCUAACUUGCUCAUUCUGAAAACAGUGUUAACUAGUAUAUAUGACAGCAAAGCUACUAUGGUACAGCAAUAAUCAUAAUGUAUAAACAAAGUCUUGACUAGCGUAGAACUGUGAUUCAGGAACAGCUCUUUCUCUCUGACUGGCUCCUCUGUAGCACAAGAAUGAAGUGAAUGCCAAAAAUCAAAUUAAUCUGUUUUUUAAGCAAAUGUUGCUAUCUUUAUAUUUACUGAUCAUAGGCUGGAAGGAAUUCAUUGCCUGUCAGACAUUCUUAAGCUUGAGUAAUUAUGCUGAAAAGAAUACAAUAACCAUCUUACUGAUACUAAGUUUGCAUUUUGUGGCAUAUUUUUCUUAGUCACUCUCUUGUGCAUUCAUUGGUCCAAAUAAAUGAGCAAUAUUAAGCUAAUAUGAUAAGAUUUGUUUCAGUUCUUAAAUGUUUCUUUAACGUUGUUUUAACCCCAAAUGCAUAACUUAUUAUACAUAUGCUCAAAUGCUGCAUGCCAUGUACAACUUACACCAUUGCCCUCAUUGUUUAUUUUUCUGUGAUUUGCUAGUAAAUUGUAAAGUAUUUUUUUCUAUGUUAGUAUUACAUUCAGUUGUAGCUUUUUGUUUAUCAUGCCAAGGUUCACCUUUGUUUGGAAUAUUACACAAAUCAUUUUUUUUUAAAUUAGCAAUCAGAUUUCCACAAAAAAAUGUUAUGUUAUUUUCGCUAAUAAUAUAGUAUGGUUCUUAAUAAUAACAAUACUGUAGCUUCAAAAUUCAUGUUUCUAUAUUAAUCAUUUAUGUAUUAACAUGGUUCAUAUAACUUUUGUGAAAAUGAAUUCCAGACUUUUUUCCAGACAUUUAAAAAAUUCACCUAGAAAAGUAUCAAUUUUCCAGACUUUUAAAGUCUGAAAUCUGAUGUUUGAAAUUCCAGACUUUUUCCAGACCGUGUACAAAACCUGAAUAAUUAAGAAUUGUUUUAACUACUGUUUAGGCUCACAUUUUCACAAUGUUGCCUUUUUAUCACUAUUAUUGUAUGUGAUUGGAUUGUAACUAUAGUUUGUUAAAAAUUUGAGGAAGAUAAAACUACGACUUGUAUAUUUUGCUCUGUUACUUUUUUUUUUUAUUCCUGUUUAUUUUUAAGACCAGGUUUUAUUGUGAUGACAGAAAUAGAGUUGCCUUUAAUUUGUAAUAGGUAUAGUUAAAAAAAUGUGUGAAUAGAUAAAUGAAUAGAUAUUUGGACAUUUAUUGUCUUUGUUUUUUUUCAUGUUUAUCAUUAAAAUCUAUAUUUUA